GGAAAGUCAGUUAAGCAGCAUAUUAUUUUAUGGAGCUUUACUUCACUCCAUGUUUCUCAUUCUCCUCCUCUUUUCCUCCUAUACCCUCAACUUCUCCACCUUUCUUCUUUCUCCAUCUUUUUUCUCUUUUUCUUUUUUCACUUUCAUCCAUUUCUUUCUUCUCUCUUCUCUCUCUAUAAUCUCUCUAUUUUUGUUUUCUUCUGUAAGGAGCUCUGAACCCACCACAUAACUUCAAUCAACUUGGAAUUGAAUGACCCAUCAUUUUCUCUCCCUCUUAAAUCCUCACAACCCAUAUAAUUCUUCUUCCAUUGGACUAUAACUUUCUUCACCAAACAUUUUUCAGACAAAUAUAUGGAACAAAACAUGACAGCCCCUGUUCUUGAAGAAUCCCAGAUUGUUUUGCCUCCUGGUUUUCGAUUUCACCCAACUGAUGAAGAACUUAUUUCUCACUAUCUCUGUAAGAAAGUGGUCGACGCCAAUUUCUCUUGCAAGCCCAUUGGAGAGGUCGAUCUCAACAAGUCUGAGCCUUGGGAUUUGCCCUGGAAAGCGAAAAUGGGGGAAAGGGAAUGGUACUUUUUCUGUUUAAGGGACAGAAAGUAUCCUACUGGAUUGAGAACAAACAGAGCCACUGAAUCAGGGUAUUGGAAAGCCACUGGGAAAGAUAAAGAGAUUUACAGAGGAAAAACUCUUGUGGGUAUGAAGAAGACUCUUGUUUUCUAUGGUGGAAGAGCCCCAAAAGGUGAAAAAUCCAAUUGGGUUAUGCAUGAAUUCAGAUUAGAAGGGAAAUCCUCUGCCAUUAACCUCCCUAAUACUGCAAAGAAUGAAUGGGUGAUUUCGAGGGUGUUUCAGAAGAGCUGUGGAGGGAAAAAAGUUCACAUUUCUGGGUUAGUUAAAUUGGGUUCUUGUUCUUCUGCUCUGCCGCCAUUGAAGGAUUCUUCUUCUUCAUCAUCUUCAUUCCAGAUCAAACCAGUUUCUGAAUUGGCUCACGUGCCCUGCUUCUCCAACACCAUGGAUUCUACUCAAAGAACCCUACCCAAAAUCAAUGAUCGUUCUUUCAAUUUCUCUUCCUUUUUCCCCACAAUUUUCCCAAGAAACACGCAGCCCAUUUCAUUACACAAUCCCCAAUCCAUCUCUUUCCCUUUAAAUUUGCAGUUCCAAAACAUGGCUCGAACAGAGGGGGAAGGAAGAAUCAGUGUCUCCCAAGAAACCGGGCUAACUACUGAUGUAAACAAUGAAAUCUCUUCUGUUGUUUCGAAUCUCGAAAUGGGUCGAUUACCAUUUGAAAAUCAACACAAUCCUUCUGCUUCGACUGUGCCAUUGAACCCCCAUAUUGUGUGGAAUUACUGAAGAAAUUAAAAAAUGGAACUCUGUUUCAAUAGAUGCAUUAUGUGUAAAUGGGUUUUCCCUUUUUUUUUUUUUUCUUUGGAGUUCGUUUUGUUGCUGUGAAAGUGAGGUUGAAGCCGUACUUUAAUGGCGUUUCGUAGCCAUUGAAGAUGUUAUGUUGAGACUUUGUAAGAAAUGAAUAUCAAUAUGAUAUGAUAAGGAUAAUUGAUGGUCUCUAUCUCCA